AUGAGCAAGCCGAAAAGCGUGGUGAUCAUAGGCGCCGGCGCUGGUGGCAUCGCGAGUGCAGCGCGACUUGCCAAAGCAGGCUUCCGAGUAACAGUGCUGGAGAAGAACGACUUCACCGGCGGUCGAUGCAGCCUGAUUCACGAUGACGGGUAUCGAUUCGACCAAGGUCCCUCGCUACUCCUGCUUCCCGAUCUCUUUCGAGAAACCUUUGCCGACCUAGACACGUCCCUCGAAGCGGAAGGAGUGGAAUUGUUCAAGUGUGAGCCAAACUACAAUGUCUGGUUCCGCGAUGGCGAGUGCAUCGAGCUCUCCACCGACACGGCGAAGAUGAAGAAGACGAUCGAGCGCUGGGAAGGCAAGGAUGGUUUCGAGCGAUACCUGGCUUGGAUGCGAGAGGCGCAUGUCCACUACGAGGCCAGCGUGGUCAACGUCCUCAGGAAGAACUUCUCGAACAUGCUUGCCAUGGUCAGGCCGAGCUUCUUGCCCUACCUGCUGGCCCUUCAUCCGUUUGACAGCAUAUGGAAUCGGGCAGCACAAUACUUUAAGACCGAGAGAAUGCGACGAGCGUUCACUUUCGGAAGCAUGUACAUGGGUAUGAGCCCGUUCGAGGCUCCCGGCACGUAUAGUCUUCUUCAAUAUACGGAACUGGCUGAAGGGAUAUGGUAUCCGAAGGGUGGAUUCCACAGAGUCCUCGAUGCGCUAGUCAAAGUUGGCGAGCGACUCGGUGUUGAAUACAGACUCUCGACCUCCGUGUCACAGGUCAACAUGGACAGAUAUUCGAAGCGGGCUUCUGGUGUGACGCUGGCCACCGGGGAGAUCAUCAAUGCCGACAUUGUUCUUGUCAAUGCGGAUCUCGUCUACGCCUACAACGAGUUAUUGCCUCCCUCCUCGGCGGCCUCCUCGCUGUCAAAGAAGCCGGCUUCGUGCUCAAGCAUUUCCUUCUAUUGGUCCAUGGACAAGGUCAUUCCUGAGCUCCAGACGCAUAAUGUCUUCUUGGCAGAAGACUAUCAGGACAGUUUCGACGACAUCUUCAAGCGGCAGCAGAUCCCGAAGGAACCUUCCUUCUACGUCAACGUACCCUCGCGCGUGGACCCAAGCGCGGCGCCCGCCGGUCAUGACGGUGUAGUUGUUCUCGUCCCAUGUGGUCAUUUGCUGGAGGGGAAGGCCGACCGAGGCCUGGAUCCCCAGAAUGCUCAGGACUGGGAGGCCAUGAUAUCCAAGGCCCGAACCGCCGUCUUCGAGACAGUACGCCUGCGCACAGGGGCAGACCUCGAAUCGCAUGUGAUCCACGAGAUCAUCAACACGCCAGCGUCGUGGAAGGAGAGUUUCAAUCUGGACAAAGGAGCGAUCCUGGGACUAAGCCACUCUUUCUUCAAUGUUCUCAGCUUCAGACCCGGCACGAAACACGCUGAUCUACAAAAUCUGUACUUUGUUGGAGCCAGCACCCAUCCAGGAACCGGUGUGCCUAUCGUGCUUGUCGGCAGUAAACUUACCACGGGGCAAAUCCUCGAUGAUCUGGGCAUCAGCAAACCGUGGUCCGAGGGCGGUCAUCAGCGCAGAAUAGUCAGUGAUCUGGACCGUUGGGGAAAGACGCCUAUAGACCUUGCCCGGGGGUUUUAUCUGCUGGCCCUGGUCCUGGCGGUGGUAUUGUCUUUGAUCUUCCUCCGAUAG